AACGAAGCGAACCGUUUCGGUACACUGCUCACUGAGACUGGGCCUGGCAGGUCCAUCAAGGCAGCACGUGUUAUGUUGGGAAAAGCUAUACACACAUGCAGGCGGUUCGGCCGCUUCAGUAGAACUGGGCUAAAGGGAAUAUGUGGCACGCAUUCAGCCCCCCUAUCAACUUACCAAGCACCACCUCCCAUCCCGGGUUCAAGCAUGACAGCGUUCCAAGCAAUGAACCUGUGGAGAAGGUGCUUUGAGGAGAGGGGUGUGGCGGAACCCGUCCAGUCCAGCCAGUACAUAGUUGCACAUCUGCUGGGUGCUAAAACGAUAGAAAGCCUCGGCCAUGAAAAGUUGAACAAGCCUCUGAGUUGUGCAAAAAUGGAGCAGUUGUGGGAGCUUAGUGUCAAGCGGCUUUCCAGGAUGCCUGUGCAGUAUGUGAUUGAGGAGUGGGACUUUCGAGACUUGACCCUUAAGAUGAGACCACCUGUUUUCAUCCCAAGACCGGAAACAGAGGAGUUGGUUGAACUAGUGCUUGCAGACCUCCAGGGAAAAGAGGACACUGGAAUGCAUGGUGAACCUCAGCUGACAUGCUUAGAAGUGGGCUGUGGUUCUGGAGCCAUCACGCUCAGUCUGCUGAAAGACCUUCCUCGGCUUAGAGCCAUUGCUUUGGAUCAAAGCAGGCAUGCAGUGGACCUGACAAGAGAGAACGCACUAAGAUUAGGCCUUGAAGACAGACUGCUGAUUCAUCAAGCAGAUGUCCUGAAAGAACCUGAAGUCCUUUUGAGUCUGGGUGACUCCAUCUCAACUUUGGUCAGCAAUCCUCCGUACCUGUUCUCAGAAGAUAUGACGUUCCUGGAACCUGAACUCCUAAGGUUUGAAGACCACGCUGCCCUAGAUGGAGGUGAGGACGGCCUGGACGUGAUCAAGCAGAUCUUGACAGCGGCUCCCAAGAUGUUAUCCAUUCAUGGACAUGUUUAUCUGGAGGUGGACCCAAGACACCCCCCGUUAAUCCAACAGUGGGUGAAGGAUCAUGUCCCCGGGCUGAGUUACCUGGAAACACGGCGCGACAUCACAAACAGGCCCCGCUUCUGCAUCCUUCGGAGGGAGCGGUAACACGAUGCAGGGCAGGACAGACCUCAUUCGGCGACCCAAAGUCUGGACCGUUUACCGUUAAAGACUCCACUUGAUGACUGCCUACCCACCCCCCAGUCCCCACACCUUAAAUUGGUAAACACAGAUUAAGGUUCCGAUCACACUGUUACUCACCAUCAACAAACACUCUCCCAUUUGUAUUAAUAUACAUUUGCCUACAGUUUUUUUCCGAGAGAGUUGGAGGCCAGGCGGUAGUGUGUGUGGUGUCAUCGCCAAAAACUGUGCGCACGCCACAAGAGAGAGGCAAGCUCAAGGCUUGAGUUAAUUGCCCAAGCUUUUUCUCAGAAGCGGCCUUCCUGGAAUCUGCGGCUCCUAGAAAGUGCUCCCUGCCUCCGCGAAGCGGCUGAUGAAUGACCCUCCCCUCCGCGCGCUCCCCACUCCCUCACAUGCAGGUUGUUAACCAAAAACAUACAAUUUGGCCUUCGCUCUCUCACGCAAUGUACUUCUCACACACUUCAAGGCCGCCCAAGUAUUUGUCGAUUCAAAGGUCGCAGUCUCCGCGAAUAUCUAGAAUAACAAAAUGCCGUUUUAGGGGUAUGAAUAAUAAGCCAAAGAAUAUCAUCAAGUGCUGGAAAAAAUAAAGCAAGCCACACGUUG